GACAGGGGGCAGCAGGGCAGUGUACAGGAGUCAGCAGGCAGGGCAGAGGACAGGGGCCACUGCUUGCAGGGCAGAGGACAGGGGCCACUGCUGGCAGGGCAGAGGACAGGGGCCACUGCUGGCAGGGCAGAGGACAGGGGCCACUGCUGGCAGGGCAGAGGACAGGGGCCACUGCUGGCAGGGCAGAGGACAGGGGCCACUGCUGGCAGGGCAGAGGACAGGGGCCACUGCUGGCAGGGCAGAGGACAGGGGCCACUGCUGACAGGGCAGAGGACAGGGGCCACUGCUGAUAAGGAAGAGGACAGGGGCCCCUGCUGGCAGGGCAGAGGACAGGGGCCCCUGCUGGCAGGGCAGAGGACAGGGGCCCCUGCUGGCAGGGCAGAGGACAGGGGCCCCUGCUGGCAGGGCAGAGGACAGGGGCCCCUGCUGGCAGGGCAGAGGACAGGGGCCACUGCUGGCAGGGCAGAGGACAGGGGCCACUGCUGGCAGGGCAGAGGACAGGGGCCACUGCUGGCAGGGCAGAGGACAGGGGCCACUGCUGGCAGGGCAGAGGACAGGGGCCACUGCUGGCAGGGCAGAGGACAGGGGCCACUGCUGGCAGGGCAGAGG